UGUUGGCAGAGUUUGUGAGAUUGUGAAAGAGAAAUGAGAUGUUUGAGAGAUAUGGAUGAAUAAGUGAUUGUGUUGUGUGAUCGUGUUGCUAGUGAACGUUCUGGUAAACUUCAACGCAACGAGAUGGAAGGAAAUGUCGCUAGAGCUGCGUGGAAUGAAGACUGGGAGGAGGUUCGACGACUGGUGGAACAAGGAGGGAACGUGAAUGAUGUGUAUAAUGCAUUUUACAGAAGAACAGCUCUACACUUUGCUGCCAUGGAUGGAAAUUCAGAUAUUUGUUCGUUGUUGCUGUCACGAGGGGCGAACGUCAGUCAGACAGACAAGGAUGGAGAUACGCCGCUUCAUGCCGUUGCUUAUACUCAUCUUGUCGAUAUCUGUCAACUGUUAGUUGAUCACAAAGCAGACGUUACUUCUGUCAACAAUAAAGGUCAAAUUCCUCUUCACAGAGCUGUUGAUAGUUACUUAUACUUGGGUGACUCUCCCGCUGUGUGUCGUCCACUGAUAACAAAUGAGAGUGUGAAUGUAGCAGAUCGUCUUGGUAACCGCCCUUUACACAUAGCAGCUAGUAAUGGGAACAUUCGGACUGUCCAGCUGUUAGUGGAUUGUGGAGCAGAUCACUUGGCAUGGAAACGAGGUCAUACAAGAACAAGUCAUUUGUUACUCUCUAAUGGAGCAGAUGUAAAUGCAUUGGAUGAAGAUGGACAAACACCACUACAUACAGCAGCUGGUGGAUGGAAAGACUGUCCUGAAUUGUGUUCUAUUUUACUAAAACAUAAUGCCAAGAUUGAUGCAGUGGAUAAAGAUGGAAACCAACCACUACACUUGGCAUGUGAGGCUGCUUUAACAUCAACAGUUCAACAUCUGUUGGAUUGCAAUGCUGAUGUGCUUGCUACAAAUAAUUUUCAUCAAACUUCUCUUCAUAAGGCAGCUUGUAGCAAGAGAGAUUGCCCUGAGGUUUGUGUGAUGCUUAUAGCAAAGGGAGCUCAAGUGAAUGCUACAGAUGGCAGUGGAGACACAUCUCUACAUGUUGCAUUUCAGAAAGGAAAUAUGAAAACAGUUGAUGUGUUAGUUGAAAAUGAUGCUGAUUGCAAUGUAUUGAAUGUGUGUGGUGAGACAUUACUGCACUUGGCUUGUAAGAGUCGUGUUGAAUGUGUUGAGUUGUGUGAUAAGUUGAUAUCACAUGGAGUGAACCCUCAUAUAGCUGACAGAGAAGGAAACUUACCUUUACAUGUUGCUUUGAAGUACAGAGUUGCUAAGACAUUUGGCUGGCUGUUUGAACAUUUAGGUAGGCCCUCAUUAGAUGACUUAGAAAAGGUGAAUAUUGGUAAAGAAGAUCUUGUAGCCAAUUUACAUCAUGCCAAUGAAGCUGGUGACACUCGUACUUGUCAUUACAUUUUAGAACUAAUUGCUAAGUUAGACACUUCAAAUAGAUUUAGUUUGAGUGCAUUAAACUGCCGUUCCAGAUCAGGUUACUUACUCCUUCACACAGCAAUUCAAAAGCAGGACUUUACUUUGUGUCAGUAUUUGAUUGAUCAUGGAGCAUCUGUAAAUGCUGAGGUUGUACCUCUACACACUGAUCUACGUCGUAUAUAUAAUGCACAUCCUCUACAUCUAGCAGCAGAGUUGGGGGACAUUGAUUUAUGUCGUUUACUGAUAGAACACGGUGCUAAUGUUGAUGCUGAGAUGAAGGGAGGGAGAACUGCAUUACAUUUAGCCAUAGUUAAACAGGAUAACAAUGUAGCACAACUUCUUAUGUCACAUGGAGCUGAUUUGAAGAAAAUUGUAAUUGGAAAAGAAUCUGCUGUGAAGAGAUCAGAAAAACGAGGAAAUCUCAAAAUGGCAUCAAUCAUUCAAGCUUUUGAAACAUUUCCUGAAGAGAUUGUGUCUCAAGGAGAGACAGCAUUGCGUAUCUAUCUGUCAAGUUGUGAUGAGGGAUCAGCAGUGAAUGUGUUUUUACGUGUUGAUGUUGUCGGUCGUGAUGGUGCCGGUAAGACGAGCUUAACAAAAUCUCUCACUCUGCAGAAGUUCAAUCGUGAUGAGCCGAGCACAAGAGGAGUGGUGUUUGAUCCAAAGUGUCAGAUUAUUGUGAAGGAAGCAUGUGACUGGACCAAGCCUCUCACAAGUGCUGACUACACAGAAAUAUAUGAGAAGAAUGUUGUGAUCAAUAUGGCAGAUACACUCGACACACCACAAGUGAAAGAUCAAUAUUUUAAGUCAAAAGAAGGUCAACCACCAAAGAGACAGAAACGCAGUCGUGUUGCAAGCAAAUCAUCAAAGCAAGACUCAAACAUACAAGCAGUCUCUGUUUCCUUUACUGAUGAUAUUGAGGUUGCAAAACGUCAGGAAUCACAAGUUGAUUUUGUGCAGCAGUCACCCAUUCCUUUUCCUAUUAUGAAUGCAAUCGAAUCUUUGACACAGGAUUCAGAUUUACAAUCUUUCCCUGUUAUGUCUGAGGAUGACGUUGAAUCUUCACUGUAUCAUGGGGUUGAUUCAUCCCAGAUGUCAUCCAUACAUUCUCCUGUUAUCAAUCCUAUGUUGAGUGUUGCUACAGCUACUAAUGAGAGGUCUGAUGAUGUCUCAUCUUUGUUGUUGGAUACACAGCAAACAAUUUCGGCAGUUUCUGAAUCUCCUCAGUUGGCUGCAUCAGAUAUGCAGCAGUCACUGCAGAUGCCAUUAAAUUUGUCAACGUUGAAAGACCCUAACAUCUUUCUUCCCAACACAGCUACAGAAUGGCAAUCACCAAGUGGUACAAACAUGCAAGUUGUCUCAGCAUGUUCCACAUCACAUGAGCAGCUUGAAAGAGAUUCAAUGGAUGUAGAUAAGUCAGUUGAAGAUGAACGAGACAGUAACUCUAUUGUCACAAGUUUUGGUAGCCAUUUAUCAAGCAGUCAACAAGAACAAGAACAGCAGCCUAAAAAACAAAGAGUAAAGCAACGAAAAAGAAAGGCAAUUGAAUCUGCAUCUUCAUUUCAAGAAAUUGAAUUUGAAAGCAUUGAAAUGAGUGAUGGUUCUAAAUGUCAAAACGUUUCGCAGCCCGAAAUAAAAAAAAGGACGACGCAAUCAGUCAUAAGGAAUACUGCUGAGCUGUCAUCUGACAAUCAAGACAUGCAGCAACAACAGCAGCAGCAGCAGCAGCAGCAGGAAGGAACAAAAGUCAAUAGAAAGAAGCAAACAAAAGCUUCAUCUUUACAAUCUGAAGACACAUUGCCUCUCAAUGUUGAUGAAUCUUCAACUGAGAACACAACUACUCUACCUCAACACAUUCAAGAAAGGGUUGCUAAGAGCUUGAGAGACCCAAGCUCUCGUCAGAAAGCUAAGAAAGAAAUCGUGCUUACUGUGUUGGACUAUGCUGGUCAGAAUGUGUUCUAUGUCACACAUCAUUUGAUCAUGUCAAAAGCUGGUUUUGUGUACAUUGUGUUUAAUGCUUCUCUACCAAUGGACGGCAAGACUCCAUGUCAGUUUCGCUCAGAAGAUGGAAAAAUUAUCCACAUUCCUUUGUUUGAUAACGAAACAAACUUUGAUCGAUUGGAAGAAUGGGUAUCAGGUGUUCAUAUCAUGGAAGGUGAUCAGUCACGUCGUAUCAUGAUAUUUGAGAAAGAAGGAAUCAGAUCACCUGCCAUGUUUCUAGUAGGGACACAUGCUGAUGAGCUAAAGGAGCAACCAGAGAUGAUGGAGAAACAGGAUGCAUUCAUAAGGAAGAAACUGGAGGGCACAGUGCUGGCAGAGCAUAUCAUCUGGGCAUCUAAAGAUGUAAUGUGUUUCUAUGUGGAUAACACAGUGACAGAUCCAGACAGUGGAUUCGUAGAUCCACAAGUGAAAUUACUUCGUCAGAAGACAGAGGAGGUGGCUCACAAGGUGGCUCAACAUCACAGAUUGCCGAUCAGAUGGCUCAAGUAUGAGCAGAAGGUACGAGAAGUGAAAGUCUCUUAUCCACAAAAGAAGACGACAACUGUUGAUGAAUUACUGCAGCUUGCCAUGAAUGCUACUGUAAUCAAAAGUCGAGAGGAGCUGUUGGUGUUGCUGCAGUAUUUGAGUAGUCGUGCAGUGUUGAUGUAUCAUCCCAUGGCAUUGAAGAGUGGAGAUGAUGAAGAAGUCGUGUUAGAUGUGGAAUGGUUUGUAUCACAGCUGCAGAAAGUGAUCACGAUAUACAUGGAAGGUGAUGUUCCUCCCAUGUUAUGGAAUGAUGUAAAACGCAGCAAAGAGAAAGGCAUCAUGACAAUGUCUCUUGUGAGACAUCUUUUAUCAGAUGCCGGUUCUGCUCAACGUCUCAUUGUGUCACUGAUGAGGCACUAUGAUUUGCUGUGUGAGUAUUCUGUUAUUGAAGAGGAAAAUAUAGGGAAAGCAAAUUGCCAAGAUUUCCUUAAUUUUGAAGUAGAAAGCAAAGGUCCAUUGCAUAGUGAGGAAGAACAGAACAUGUUUGAGAGAGACGCUUGCUUCAUUCCUUGUCUCCUGGAGCAUGCAGUUGGUCUUGAAUCAGAUAAGAUGAAUGACGAGCUGAAGUCAUUGCCUCUUAUCUUGUCAUCUGCUCCCAUCCGCAUUCCUCAGCCAUUAUUCUACAGAAUACUGACUCUUCUGUGUAAACGUUUUUGUCGCUUGGCAGUUAUUUAUCGCAAUGUGGGCUACUUCCACAUCUAUCCUGGUCAUUGACUGGAGUUUGCUCUUAACAGAUACAACUUUCAAAUGACUGUGUUGUCACAUACAGCACUCAAUGCCAAGGUGUGUGUUGCUAUUCGUGAGUGGAUUGUGGAUGCUGUCAACAAGGCGAAACAGCAAGGAAUGGCAGGUCUGAAGUUGCAUUUGGGAUUUAUGUAUGAAGCAUCGAUUUCAGAAUCACAAAGUUGUACAGUUGAGUUUAUCUCUUUGAAUGGAUAUCAACAUACUCGUUGUGAGCUCUACAGCAGUGUGACAAAAGAUGAAAUUCAACCUCCUGACAGACUUUCUCUUUGGUAUCCACAACUUAAGUUUUCAGACACUGAAAUGAUGUCAACAGUAUGUGGCACUUCUCAGCCAUUACAGCAUAAAUCUAUCAGCUAUAUGACACCAGUCAAGUCCCUCAUUGAUGAACCAACUGCAACCUGUUUGUUGGCAGUGUCUAAACUUCUAGAUGAAGAUGAUGAUCUAGGAGAUGACUGGAGGAGGUUAUGGUCUGAGCUGUUAAACAGACCUCUUAAUGAAGACGUGGUGAGCAAGAAGUGUGUGAGCUCCACUCUUUAUGUGCUAAAGCGAUGGUGCAGGAUGGUAAUUCCUAACGAAGCUACAAUAGGACGACUGAUAAAGGCUCUUAGUGCAAUAUACAGAAAUGAUGUUGCUUGUGUGCUAGAAGAAUACUGCCAGAGCUCAGACACACGUACUACAAUGCCGAGAUCACCUGCAACCACAG